AUUAAUGAAGAGAUUUCAGUUAAGCAUCUUCCACCAACUGAGCCUGAUCCUCACGUGGUCCGUGUUGGUUGGUCACUUGACUCAUGCAGUACUCAACUAGGUGAGGAAGAAUUCUCAUUUGGGUAUGGAGGGACUGCAAAGAAGUCAACAAGCUGCAAGUUUCAGGACUAUGGAGAGCGAUUUUCUGAAAAUGAUGUGUUGGGAUGUCUAAUUAAUUUUGAAGCUGGGGAAGAUGUGGAGAUGUCCUUUACAAAGAAUGGAAGGUGGCUUGGUGUGGCAUUCAGGGUCAAGAAAAUGGCGCUUGGUGGGCGACCCUUGUUUCCACAUGUGCUGUCAAAGAACUGUGCCAUUGAGUUCAACUUUGGGCAGAAGGAACCAUGGUACAGACUUCCUGAUGGCUUCACAUACAUUCAACAUGUACCUGUAGAUGAGCGUAUACCAGGUACAGCAGGACCAAAGACCAAGUCAGAGUGUGAGAUCCUGAUGAUGGUUGGCCUUCCUGCAGCUGGGAAGACAACAUGGGCUAUUACGCAUGCAGCUCGCCACCCUUGGAAGAAAUACAACAUCCUUGGAACAAAUGCCAUCAUGGACAAGAUGAAGGUGAUGGGUCUUCGCCGUCAGCGCAAUUAUGCAGGCCGUUGGGACGUCCUAAUCCAGCAGGCUACUCAGUGCUUGAAUCGCCUCAUCCAGAUUGCUGCUCGCAAGAAACGCAACUACAUACUUGACCAGGUACUGUUGUGUUUCCGUGCUUUAUUACUACAUUAGAUAAGCUAGCUUCAUUUUAUUUGUUU